CAGGAGCAUCUCACAGACUCUUUACUACUACGAAUAUUUAUAUACCGCUCUUCAGCUAUCAAGCCAGAGGUUGCCGGUUCGAAUCCCCACUGGUAUGUUUGCCAGACUAUGGGAAACAUCUAUAUCGGGCAGCAGCGAUAUAGGAAGAUGCUGAAAGGCAUCAUCUCAUACUGCGAGGGAGAUGGCAAUGUUCAACCCCUCCUGUAUUCUACCAAAGACAACCACAGGGCUCUGUAGGCGCCAGGAGUCGACACCGACUCCACGGCACAUUACCUUUAACCAAAGUUCACAAAGCAGUUUACAUAAAAUGCAUAAAUAAAAUGGUCCCCUGUCUCCAAAAGGCUCACAAUUUAAAAGAAACAUAAGGCAGUUACCAGCAACAGUCACUGGAGGGAUGCUGUGCUGGGGCUGGAUAAGGACAGUUGCUCUCCGACUACAAAAUACAAGAGAAUCACCACUUUAAAAAGGUGUCUCUUUGCUCUCUCUCUAGGGAGCUAACUUUACUCCCAUUUGGCUGAGAAGUGGCCUUUAGUAAGCCCUUUCCUCACCUCGCCCCACAGCCUGCCUUCUGCCUUUCUUCAAGGAUUCCCCACACUCUUUUUGCCCCCCUUUCCUUGCAGAAAUCCCCUUCCUGGCCUUCUUGGAAAUGCAGCUGGGCAGACCAAGCCAGGAACUGGACACAAGUGCCUGGACAGGCAAGAUCCGGGAGCCAGGUGAGCCUUGCCUGCUCUCUGCAGCCUCUCUGGCCCUACUGCCCUGCCCUGCCCUUCUGCAGUGGGCCCUGAAGUCAGUGGCUGCCUGCUGGGCGGAAGGAGCAGCCCACAGGCCCUGACAGCCGCCUCCUGGGCACUGUCCUACGUAGCCCACCAGAGCAGCAGGCCUGCUGGAGAUCAGCUGCCACAGCUGCCGUGUCUGCUCUGGGGAAGGGAGCCAAGCUUCUCCCAGUCCCCUGCUGCUGCCCCAGGGCUCAUCCCAGCACAGGGGACAUCGGAACACAGGAAGCUGCCUUCUUCCAAGUCAGACUCUUGGUCCAUCCAGCUCACUAUUGUCUACCCAGACUGGCAGCAGCUUCAUCGAGGUUUCGGACAGGAGAUGCUGCCAGAGAGGGGACUUGGAGCCUUCUGCAUGCAAGCCUGCAGGGUGGUGGGCAACCUCAGAAAACAUAAACCUCUUGCAGGCUGCUCUCCAAAGAUGGAAGAGGAAGACUCGGCUGGCCCUGAAGCUCAAAGAUGUCCUGAUGCUACCCAGAUCGGGAGCAGUGAGGGAUUCUGGGAAAGAAGCGUGCGGAAGAUCGUACAUAAGGAGAUAGGAAGUACCAGUUCAGAUGUUUGGUGCCAAAUUUUCAGGCAGUUCUGCUAUCAGCAGGCCAAGGGGCCCCGAGAGGUUUGCAGCCGGCUCCACAGCCUUUGCCAUCAGUGGCUGAAGCCAGAGAGACACACGAAAGCUCAGAUUGUGGACCUGGUGACCCUGGAGCAGUUCUUGAGCAUCCUGCCCCCAGAGAUGGAGAGCUGGGUCAGAGAGUGUGGUGCAGAGACCAGUUCCCAGGCAGUGGCCCUGGCAGAAGGUUUCCUCCUGAGCCAUGCGGAGGCCAAGAGGCAAGAAGAGCAACAGGGUCUGCCAUCAGAAAUGGCUGCAGACUUCCCUGAGGCAGAGACAGCUCCAUCUGUUCCUGAGCAGAGGCUGGUCCAGUGGGUGGUGCAGGAGAGUGAUGAAGUGGCAUUCUUGCCAGAUGCUGGAAUUACCGAGGCGAGUGGUUCCAGGCCUUCCACAGAUUGUGGCAGAGUAGAAGUAGUUGCUAUGAAAUGGAAUAAGGGCCUGGUGAUGUUUGAGGAUGUCUCUGUGAACUUCUCGGAAGAGGAGUGGGCCCUGCUGGAUCGAGACCAAAGGGAUCUCCAGAGGGAAGUCAUGCUGGAGAACUGGGAGCAUCUGGCCUUUCUGGCAGGUGAUAGAGGCGAGCAGGACAAAGAGGCUGAACUGGAGAGAAGGAAAAAGGAAGCAAAGCAGGAGCCAGGAAAGAAGUCCCUUGUUUGUGAAUGCUCCGACUUCCAUGAAAUGUCAGUUCAAAAACAGUGGUGCCCAGGAAGCAAAAGGAAGACAUUUCCUCAGUGUGGGGAACUUCCCAUAGAUGGGAAAUCAACUCUCUGUACAUCUCAAAUAACUGACACAGGAAAGAAAAGAUAUAAGUGUUCUGAGUGUGGAAAGAGUUUUAGCCAGAGUUCGGGCCUUACUUGCCAUCAAAGAAUCCACACAGGGGAGAAACCAUAUCAGUGCUCAGUGUGUGGAAAGAGCUUCAGCCACAACUCAAGCCUUACGUGCCAUACAAGAAUCCACACUGGAGAUCAGCCAUAUAUAUGCUCACAGUGUGGAAAGGGUUUCAGCCACAGCUUUAGUCUUACUUGUCAUCUAAGAAUCCACACGGGGGAGAAACCAUUUCAGUGUUCAGAGUGUGGAAAGAGCUUCAGCCGGAGCUCACACCUGACUACCCAUCAAAGAAUCCACACAGGAGAGAAACCAUAUCAGUGCUCUCUAUGUGGAAAGAACUUCAGUGAUAGUGCUAGUCUUGCAAGUCAUAAAAGAAUACACACAGGAGAGAAGCCAUAUCAUUGCUCUGAAUGUGGAAAGAGCUUCAGCAACAGCUCGAAUCUUUCUUCCCAUCAGAGAAUCCACACAGGGGAGAAACCAUACAAAUGUUUGGAAUGUGGAAAGAGUUUUAGCUGGAGUUCAGACCUCAAUUCACAUCAAAGAAACCACAUAGAAGAGAAAUAUAAAUGCUCAGAAUGUGGAAAGGCCUUCAGCCACAGUACAAGCCUUACUUACCAUCAAAGAAUGCACACAGGAGAGAAGCUAUAUCAAUGCUCAGAGUGUGGAAAGAGCUUCUACAAGAAUUCUAGUCUUAUUUGCCAUCAAAGAAUACACACAGGAGAGAAACCAUAUAUAUGUUCAGAGUGUGGAAAGAGCUUCAGCCACAGCUCUAGCCUUACUUGCCAUCAAAGAAUCCACACGGGGGAGAAACCAUAUCGAUGCCCAGUAUGUGGAAAGAGCUUUAGACGUAGCACACACCUUACUACCCAUCAAAGAAUCCAUGCAAGGGAGAAACAACAUCCAUGUUUGGAAUGUGGAAAGAACUUCAACCAGGACUCACCCCUUGCUUCACUUCAAAGAAUCCACACAGGGGAGAAAGCAUAGCAAUGUCUGGAGUGUUGAAAGAACUCAAAGCACAUGCUUUAGGUCAUGCCAUAUAAUUCACACAGGGAGUUACUUUGUGGGUCCCUGAAAUUCCAGGAACAUGGGAAGAAAUGGGUGGGUUUAUUGCUUUAUUCCUCAUUACUUGUAAGCUGCUCGGACCUUUUUGUAAAGUAGUGGGAUAUAAAUUCACACCAGAAACAAAUUUUGCAAGCGUUCAAUAUAUAGAAAAUUUUUCCUUGGAGUGGCUGAGUGUGUGUGUGUGUGUGUGUGUGUGUGUGUGUGUGUGUGUGUGUGUAGUGGGGAAGCUUCAGUUGAUGGACAUAUUUUGUUUCUGCGGGACUGUUCGUCCAAACUAUCAUGCUGCUAAAUGCAUGGGAGCAGAUGCCUGUCUAAGACACAUUUUGCAAAGCAAGGGGACCAGUGUGCCUCCUAACAGGGAUUCCCAGAUGUUAUUGACUACAGCUCCCAUAAUCCCCAGCCAAAGGCCAUUACAGCUGGAGAUGCUGGGAGUUGUAGUGAACAACACCUGGGAAUCCCUGUUAGAGGGAACACUGAAGGGGACUCUGUCUUGGAUGCUGAAUUCCUGAUAUUAUAUUUGGUAUGUUCCUUAAAACCCUCUAUUGAGGGUGUUCUGUAGUCUCAGCAUGCUGAAUACUGCAUGUUACUGAAUAAUGUGAUUAACAUGUCUAAAAUUUAUGAACUUAUACAUGGACACAAAGCUGUUCAAAACCGUUUUAACACUGGGUUGCUGUCUUGUGUUAUUCUGGCCUAUAUUAUGAAUUAUAUAGAGUUCUUUUUUUGAUUGGAUAUUAUUUAGUGUAUUCUAUGAUUUAAUAAUCAUUUUACCUUUUUGAUCAAUUAUUAUCACUUUCUAUAUGAUUCUAUGAUUCAGGCUAAUAUAUUUUAUUUUUGAUG